AUGGGUUUUCGUUACGUGUUUGUCGCUCUCGGUAUGAUUCGCAUGACUUUGAUGUCGUCUUCAUCUUUACCUAUGAGAAAUUUAAUUCAAGAUGGGGAUAAGAGAGACGCAUCCUUUAUAUACCAAGCAAACAAGACAGAGCAUAACAUACCAAUGGCUCUGUUACGGCCACCACCUACCAUCGCAUUCCACCAGAAACUUCACCACCGUCACCGUCUACCAUGUUCACCAUCGCACCUCUACACCGACCGAAGAAAGGUUUUACAAUCAAAAACUAGUAUCAUCAUAACCACCACCCACGACUAUCGACAAGAAUUGAGAAUUGUAAAUGUGGCGUCGCAUCCGGAUAGCGAUGGAGAGCGAAGUAGUAUUCUGUUAUCGGAGGUGGUGGAAGAGCAGCCGAGAGAGGUGUGUACGGGUAGGAGGAAAUGGAAUGCUUUGGACAUCACCACCGCCGGAGUGGUGGCGGGAAUGCAUUUGCUAUGUGCUUUUGCUCCAUUUACUUUCAGUUGGGGAGCUUUAUGGCUGGCGUUUGGGUUGUUUAUGGUGACUGGGCUUCUGGGAAUUAGUCUUUCCUUCCAUAGACAUUUAUCACAUAAAAGCUUCAAGAUCCCGAAAUGGCUUGAAUACACGUUCGCUUAUUGUGGAGUUCAUGCCCUUCAGGGAACCCCAACGGAUUGGGUGCGCAUACAUUGGUACCAUCAUCAAUAUUGUGAUUCAGAAAGAGACCCACAUACCCCGACUAAAGGAUUAUGGUUUAGUUACAUGGAUUGGUUGUUUGACACCGAUAGGAUUGCAAAGAUGUGUGGUGACCCAAACAUUAUCAAAGAGAUGGACAAACAACCGUUUUAUAGGUUUCUACGAAAAACUUACAUCUUACAUCCGCUAGCACUUGCUCUUCUUCUCUAUGCACGCGGAGGAUUUCCCUUUAUUGUAUGGGGAGUGGUAUGAUACUUCUAUUCUUUUUGUUUUAAAUUAUUAUAAACUUCUACGUGAAAUAUGAUCUUGGUGCCUCAUAGUUCAAAAGAAAAGGAUGAGCAGGUUUAAUGAUUUACUGAUUUUUGGUUAUGAACUUUCCGUUAUCGUUAUCAUGCUGGUGAGUAUUUAAAGGGUUUCCAUUAAAGUUAUCAUGAUGGUCAGGAUUUAAAAGGUUACACCGACAUACUCACAUAAGUCAUGUAACCUCGAAGUAUAUGUGUUAUAAUCAUUAGAGGAUGUUUGUAGAGGAUAAGAAUGGUUGAUAUAUAUUUUAUCGUAUUAAUGUUCUACUAGUUUAGCCUAUCCUUUUUUAGGC